ACCCUCCACCCCUCCACCCCUCCGCGCGCCAUUGAAGACGAAGACGCCUCUGGCCCGCCACCAUGACGCUGAAAGACUCGAUCAAGCAUGCCGUCGGUCUCGGCGGCGAGCCGCGGAAGGCUACCCGCGAGGAGAUGAGCGCCGCCAAGCUGCCGCUCCCCUACCGAGACUCAUGCGCACAUCUCCUGAUCCCCUUGAACCGGUGUCGGUACGAGGAGUACUAUCUGCCGUGGAAGUGCGAGAACGAGCGACAUUCAUACGAAAAGUGCCAGUACGAGGAGUUCAAGGAGCGCGUCAAGAAGAUGGACGAGCUGAGGGCAGCAAAGGCCGGAGAGCGAAGCAACUAGAGCGUCGACUGAUGACGGUAGAGGGCGGGAAUGACUGUCAUGAGCGGACACCGCUGCAUGUAUAUACCGAAGCAGCAAAACGCAUGCAAUUUCACCAGAGAUGCCUAGAGGCUACCAGACAUGAUACAAUAGUUUGGGCACACGGCAACAUGUCAGUGCCGUUU